AACGUCGAACUGCUUUACCGGCCUUAAACACGUGAGCGUCAGAAAUUGCGCAACAAGCACGUGAUACUUAGAAGUAUUACCAAGCAGACGCAUACAAUAUUUACGAUACGCACUUUUGUGCCUUCUUACACUUCCUAACCUUGUGUAUACUUUCGGGAUUUACGGCUUGCUUUCACUGCCAAAACAAAUAUCCGUAGUGCUUGCAUAGUUGCAUUUGGUGACGCUUGAUGUUGACUUGGCCGCAUCGCCGCGUACAAGCUUUCCGUUCUGGUCGCUCUGCCGGGCCCGCCCGCUAUGGGCCCGGCUUGAGACUGCUGCCACGCGUAAAUGGAACAAUUCCUAGGGAGGCGCCUUCUGUGUACGAGGUGGAUACCCCGAGAAAUGGUUCAUCGGCGGUGACCCCAGAGCCCAAUGGGAACGGCAAAAAUGGCACGGGCAUCUCAUCGGGCUUGUCAAAGCAGGACUUUGGCAAGUUCGUGCAAUUCUUUCGCCAGGCCUCUCCAUAUGUUGUGGGGCAUCGGGGCAAGACAUUUGUGAUCGUCGUCCCUGGUAAUGUUUCGGCGAACCGGCAGCUGCUACAAAGUGUAAUGGCCGAUAUCGCCUUGUUGCACGGUCUUGGAGUACAAGUGAUCGUGGUCGUCGGGGCACAGCAGUUGAUUGAUGACAUGUUGAAGGAACGGGGCUUGACGCCCAAAUAUGUGGGAGGAUACCGGCUUACGGACAGGGAGGCUAUGCGCUGUGCAGUGGAGGCUGCAGGACAAAUUCGGACAACCUGCGAGCAAUUCCUGAGCAAGGGUCCCGCCAUCCCCAUGUUCCGGCGCCACACCAAGAGCGACUCCGAGGUUCACUUCGAGCCCGCACUGCGAGUCAUCUCGGGGAACUACAUCACUGCCAAGCGGCGGGGUGUGCUGGAGGGGGUGGACUUUGGGCUGACGGGGGAGGUCCGGUUCGUGCUCAAAGACGACAUCCGACGCCAGCUGGACUGCGGCAACAUAGUGCUGCUGUCCAACAUAGGCUUCACUGCCGCUGGUGAGGUGCUGAACUGCAACACCUACGACGUGGGGUUGCAUGCGGCGGCGGAGCUUGGCGCCGACAAGCUGUUCUUCCUGCACCUGGAUGAGGUGGCGGCGCUGCACCUGCCGCCCUGGCUGCCGCUGUCGGAGGCGCAGAGCAUGCUGGCGGAGAAGCUGCAGAACUCCAUCUCCGCCCAGCAGAUGCAGGCGCUGCGCGCCUCCAUGGACACCGCCCCGGCAGCAGCGGCAGCAGCAGCGGCAGCGGCCCCGCUCGGCCCCCUGCAGGGCGGCACCUCCGCCUCCGCCUCCCCCCACCUGCAGCAGCCCCCCGAGCCCGCGUCCGCACACGGCCCCGCCAGCAGCCUCAGUCCGCAGCAGCUGCUGCGGGCGGUGUCCGCGAUGAAGCAGGAGGAGCUGGUGGUGGAUCUGGACAUCUGGUCGGCGCAGGGCUUUCCCACCGCGGUGUCCACCUGCGUGGUGGCCUGCUGCAAGGGUGUCCGCCGCGCGCACCUGAUUGACGCGCGCAUCGACGGCGGGUUGCUGCUGGAGCUGUACUCGCGGGACGGAGUGGGCACCAUGAUAUCAGCCGACUUUUAUGAAGGCAUCCGCCCCGCCCUUCCCUCCGACCUUGACGGCCUGGCUGCGCUGCUGGAGCCGCUGGAGGCCGCCGGCAACCUGGUGCGGCGGAGCAGGGAGGAGCUGGCGGACCUGCUGCCCAGCUUCACGGUUAUUGAGCGUGACAAUCGCAUCCUAGGCGCUGCGCUGCUGCUGAACCUGGGUCAGACGCCGGACGGGGUGGCGGUGGCGGAGGUGGGCGCCUUCUGCGUGGACCCGGUGUACAGGGGCAGCGGUCGGGGCGACUCGCUGCUGGACUACGUGGAGCAGGACGCGCGGCGUCGCGGCAUCCAGCGCCUGGUGCUGCUCACCACCCGCACCGCCGACUGGUUCGAGCAGCGCGACUUCCGCUGGCAGGGCGCCGCGUUCGCCUCGGAGCUGCUGCCGCUGGGGCGCCGCGCGCGCAUCAACCCCGCCCGCAACAGCCAGCUGUACGCCAAGAGCCUGGAGGCGGCGGAGGGGGAGCUGAGUGCGCCGGGGAAGCGGAUUGGGUUCUGAGGAGGAG